AUGGACCUCAUUCUUCUCUGUGUGUUCCUGCCUCUGGUGACUGUGGCAUGGGGCCAGUACGGUGACUAUUACUAUGGUCCCUAUAACUAUGGAGAUAAUGAUGAAUGGGUCAAUGUGUACCGGCAGGGUUUCAAUUUCCAGUGCCCACAUGGGCAGGUGAUUGUGGCCAUCAGGAGUGUUUUCAACAAGAAGGAAGGCUCCGACAGACUGUGGAACUACGCCUGCAUGCCAGCAGCCCAGAGCCUCGGUGAGCCGACAGAGUGCUGGUGGGAAGAGAUCAACAGGGCGGGAACCGAAUGGUAUCAAACCUGCUCAAACAAUGGGCUGGUGGCUGGUUUCCAGAGUCAGUAUUUUCCAUCUGUGCUUGACCGUGAAUGGCAAUUUUACUGCUGCCGCUAUAGCCGGAGAUGCCCAUAUUCAUGCUGGUUAACAACAGAAUAUCCAGGACACUAUGGAGAAGAUAUGGACAUGAUGAUGUACACUUACGACUAUUACAUCCGUGGGGCAACCACAACUUUCUCUGCUGUGGACAGGGAUCGUCAGUGGAAAUUCAUUGUCUGCAGGAUGACAGAGUAUGACUGCCCAUUUCAAAAUGUUUAAAAGCUUGAGUGCACCUCACUUGGAAAGCUUGGGGACAGACAGGGUGGGAUGAGGGUCAGUGGUUACAGGAGAAGAGCCAUUAGCCUCACAAAAAAAUACCAAGACUCAUCAGCUGUCUGCUGAAGAUACAAUUCUUUCCCUCUGGAGCUAAGAAAUAAAUUACCAGCCCACAUGCUUGCAACAGUGAUUUUGGAGGAUUCCUUCAAGUUGCACUGGCACUUGUAUCCCCCAAUUAAAAUUGCUUAUGGCAUACAGGUUUACGAUACUCAAUCCUAUGGCAUAUGCACAGUUACCUUUUUUAUAUAAACAUAUAGCCAUUUUGAACACAU